AUGACCAAGCGCGCGCACUCCACGAUCUCGUCCGGCGGCGUGCUCGACAGCAUGCUGAGCUCUCUCUCCCGCACGAACGAGUCCACGUUCACCGCCAAGAAAGCCGAAGCGCAGGUCGCGAAGCUCACGGCCGGUCGCGGCCACACGAUCGCAGUCGACGACUGCUCGGUAGCUCCGGACACGGCGAUCGCUCAGUUCCUGCAGGACAUGCGCGCGGUCAUUGACGACAAAGGCUUUGGGGCGAACGUGGAGGUGGAGCUGCGACUUGGCCGCAUCACGUCGUGCCUGCAGGAGGCGAGAUGUCGCCCCUCCCAGGAAGGAGUCGACGCGGCGAUUGUGCUCUCGGAGACGCAGAUGAAGACUGCAGGUGCCAAGUUUGCGCCCGGUGUGGACGAGACGGACUACAAGGGCUUCGUGCGCGGUGUUGAGGGGAUGCUGCGUGGAGACGCGUAUUCCGAGCACAAGGAGAAGCAGGUCGUGCACAGUAUGGCCCAGUCAAAGCGCGUGGUGCAGGACGUGGACCCUGAGACGAACUUGAGAGGCAAAUCGAUGGUGCAAGUGAAAGAGCGGCUUGGCUCGAUUGAUAUCUUCAUGCCACAUUGUCAGUACGACUGUCGCGUGUCGAUCUCGUGCGAAUUUCCGCUGCGCGAGCUCGAUGGAGACAUGAGCGAGAUGCCUGCAGCUGAGAACAUCCGACACAAAGAUCGUGUAUCAGCUGUGGGACGGGACUUGCGUGUGGAUCUUACGAAAGUGCUGGAAGAGAGCACGAACAAGCGGCUAUUUGAGGUGGAGGUGGAGCUAUGUGAGCCAGCGGUGAAUGGAUGGUUGAGUCAACCUGAUGAAAAUGGACAGAGCUGGAAAAGCGCGAUUGAAACGUCGUCGUUGCUGUGGAAAAUGGUAAAAUACUUUAUGCCGAAUUCAGGCCAGGCGUUCAAGCGGAAUUGGGACUUUCCGGGUGCGACUGAGGUGCAGAAUGCUUAUCAAGGUCGGCUGGGUGUUCGGGGAAAGUUCAGCGGUACCAUGCCCGUGGGCUUUGCGCGCUGGCAUAUCCCGCUAGUGCAAAGUCGCGAGUACUUCGUCUCGGAGAAAACGGACGGCGUUCGCUACUUUCUAGUGGUGGCUGGCGGUACCACGGUGUUGGUAGAUCGCUCGAACUCGCCUUUUACGGCCUCCGGGUUGGAUUUGCUGAAGCUGGUGUUGCCCGAAGGCACAGUGCUCGACGGCGAGCUUGUGUUCCACCAGAAAGACAAACGGUACGUGUUUAUUGCGUUCGACAUUAUCGCGACGGGUCCGUCAGCAGAAGACUCGCAUGUCGACAAGCCAUUUGUGGAGCGUCUUCGGAUAUUGAACGAUUUUCUGUCUGAAGAUGGUCCGUACGCUUUGGGCAUCCGUGAUUUGGACAUCAAUCGCCACGCUAUCAUGCUUAUCCUGCGCAAGAAAUGGGUGCCGCAUCGCCACAUCAUGGACGUGUUUCGCCAGAUCCAGCGUGUGCAGAAGCGUGAUCACAGUCUCGGUCGUAUCUACAGUGACGACAAACGUGUGCAUUACACGGACGGAGUAGUGUUUUGCCCCAACACGAAGUACGUGACGAACACACACCAAGAAUAUCUCAAGUGGAAGUGGUCGGAUCUGAUCACGAUCGACUUCAUGGCUACGCUGAACCAGGCAGGCGAUGGUGUGCAGUUAUCUUGCGGUGGUCCCCGGAAUUCUUUCGUUGAGCUGGAUUCCGUCGUACGCUUGGACCCAAAGGAUGUGCCUGUAGUGCUCAAACUUGUCGCGCGAAUGCCCAACCGCCAAGCCGUGCUGGAAUUCGGCUUCAACGCCGACAAGGGACUGUGGAAUUUCAAGUGCGCUCGCCCGGACAAAGACUGCGCCAACUACAUUCGCACUGUUCUCGGCUCGCUUGUGAAUAUGGCCGAAGGCAUUUCGGAGGAGGAGCUGCAAUACCGACUCACGAACCCGAAUGGUCAGGAAUGGAAUAACCACAUGAAGCGCUUGCGUCGCUCGCUGUUGGAACAACAGCCCAAGUGA